AAAUGGUUCAAAUGGUUGAGGACGGAAUAGAAGAAGCUUUCGCUUAACGGGCUUCCGUGUCUGGUAGCAGUGGAUCACCAAUACCUCCAGGCAAAAACCUAGGUAUAUGAACGAUAAUAGAGGGAAAAAAAGAAUUUGACUUAAAUUAUCAAAGGCUGAACGUUGUAUGAAACUAGGAUGGCAGUUAAAGUUGCACUUAACUGUCUGAAGGUUCUCUGCAUACAGAGUCAUGUUGUCCAUGGAUAUGUUGGCAAUAAAAUAGCUGUUUUUCCCUUGCAAGUCUUAGGUAUAGAAGUUGACUUUAUUAACUCUGUACAGUUUUCGAAUCACACAGGCUAUGAUUUUGUCAAGGGGCAAGUGUUGGAUGCUGCGAGCAUGAAAGAUUUAUAUCUUGGUUUGAAAGCGAAUGGCCUCAACAAGUAUACUCAUGUGCUCACAGGUUAUCUGGCGUCGCCAAGCUCUUUGGAAGCAGUCGCAGAUAUUGUAUCCGACCUCAAAAAAGAGAACUCAAAUUUAAAAUAUUACUGCGAUCCCGUUCUAGGUGAUAAUGGAAAGCUUUAUGUCCCACCCGAACUCGUCCAGAUAUACCAAGAAAGAAUACUCCCUUUAUCAGAUGUCAUUUUCCCCAACCAAUUCGAAGCAGAAGUAUUAAGUGGUAUACCAAUAACAGAUGAAAAGUCUGCUUUAAAUUGUAUCAACUAUUUACAUAAAAAAUAUCAUAUUCCAACUGUAAUUAUUACAAGUACUAAUAUAACUUGUUCACCAGUGAUAUAUGGUUAUGGAAGCCGUUUAAACAGUCUAAUGAAAAAUAAUAAUAGUAAUAGUGGCAGUGAUUUAUUAAAUCAAACGAAUGGUUCAGUUACGAAUAAUACUUCAGAAUACGAUCUUGUACGUUUUAAAAUUCCCCAUUUUAAUUAUCAUUUCAUUGGAACCGGUGAUUUAUUCGCUGCUUUAACAUUGGCACAUUUAGAAACAAGAAUUGAAAAUGAAAAUGGACAACAAAUAGCUAAAUAUUCCUUCAAAGAUGCCUUCCAAUCAGUUCUUAGUACAAUCCAAACUGUUCUAUCAAAAACACUAAAGAUAUCCGAAGGAGAAUCAUUAUUGAACAUGUCUAAAUCAGCACGAAUUGAACUUAAAAUCAUUCAAUGUCUUGAUCAUAUUCGAAAUCCCGUAUUAGGUGAUUAUGUUGAAGAAAUGUGAAUAGAGAAUAUGGAGUAACAAAAGAAGUAAUUUUAAAUGCAUAAUACAUUUAUAGGAUUAUACUUUCUCUUUUACCUAUGCAUGUAUGUAUGUAUCAUUCCUAGUCAAUCAUUCUAAUCUGUAAUACACAUUCACCCUUGUUUAAUUUAAUGAUUUUAGAGAUUAAAUUAUAUUGUUGAUGAUUUUGAUUGUCUUUUUUCUUUUCUAUCAUUAUGGUAUUACUAGUUCAUAUGCAUGCCCUACUACGGCUCCGAGAGUGAGGAGGGGCAACUCUCCCUCUUAAAAUGCCCUCACAUGACCACGCGUAUAUAGCCUCUGACAGGGAAGUCCUACUCGCUGCCUUCUCGUGGCAUUACUGU